AUGUCUACUCCACUCAGUAGCCGUCUUAAUCGUUUCGGCUUUCCCGGUCGGAAGGCAAGUAGCGCUAAUAAUAAUCCGUCGCCUCCACCGAACCAAGGUCCUUCCCCAGGAGUACCACAUCCCGGUCCCGGAGGCGCAAAUAGACCUACAAGCCCGAUGCCACCUCAAGGUCCAUACGGCCCUGGCCAGAUCGGAAGCAUUCCUCCCAGUCUGCCCCCACCAGGGAUGAUGCAUCCUCCCCCAGGAGCUGUUGCACAAUAUGGCCACCCCCCACAGUAUGCAGGACAGCCGCACAUGAACCACAGAGAUAGCCAUGGCAACACAAUGGGCCACCCUAACCAUAGGCCAGGAGCUGCGGAGGUUGAAGGCACAAACAGGAGCAAGGCGCAGUUGAUUGUCGGGAUUGAUUUUGGAACAACCUUUAGUGGUGUUGCUUUCGCUUUCGCAACAGACCAAGAGGCCAAGGAGGACAUCAUUACAGAGUGGCCAGGUGCAGGUAACCAAACUAAGAACAAGAUCCCAACGGUUCUUUACUACGACCAAUACCAAAAGGUGGUUGGUUGGGGUCCUGAUAUCGCCGAUGCCUUGGCUCCAACUGGGUAUCCUAAACCUGGUGUGCAAAAGGUUGAAUGGUUUAAACUUCAACUCAUGCUUUCCGGAAACACAUAUAUCGAUCCCAUUAACCUUCCCCCACUUCCUCCUGGAAAGUCCGAGAUCGAUGUAGCGGCAGAUUACCUCUUCAAGUUGCGCCAAGCCAUGCGUGCUCAGCUGCAAAAGACACUAGGAGAGGUCUUCAAUCGUGAGGAGCGCAACAUCCGUUACUUCCUUACUGUGCCUGCUAUUUGGAACGAUGCUGGAAAGGCUGCGACUAGGGCCGCUGCUAUCCAGGCCGGAUUCCUCAGAGAUGAAAAUGACAAUAGGUUGACAUUGAUUACUGAGCCUGAGGCUGCCGCUAUGUUCUGCUCAAAGACCGGUCUAUUAAAUCUUAAAGUUCAUGACGCAGUUUUGAUUGUCGAUUGUGGUGGUGGAACUGUCGAUUUGAUUGCAUACGAGGUUGAGGAAGAAGUCCCAUUCACAGUGGCUGAAUGUACUGCCGGAUCUGGUGAUUCUUGUGGUUCGACAGCACUAAACAGAAAUUUCUCAAAUAUUCUUCGUGCCAAGAUUCGGAAGAUGAAGCUUCCGGAUGGAUCUAGGACUGCCGGGAAGGUUUACGCAAAGUGUAUCAUGGACUUUGAGAACCGUAUCAAGGCGGAUUUCAGGAAUAAUGGACAGAAAUGGGCUGUGGAUGUGGGUAUCGAGGCUGAGUUCCCAGAAGCCGGGAUUGAGGAGGGUUACAUGACUUUCACCAAUGAAGAAAUUCUACAGUGCUUCGAGCCUGUCGUCAACAGAAUUUUGGAGUUGGUUAGAAAUCAAAUCAUUGCCAUCCAAGCGCAAAACAGACAGCUUCAGAAUGUUUUGGUUGUCGGUGGUUUCGGUGCAUCAGAAUAUCUGUUCCAGCAGAUCAAGCUUCACGUACCCCCACAGUUCCAGUCAAAGGUUGUUCGUCCCAUGGACUCCGUAGCUGCCAUUGUCAAGGGUGCCGUUACUGCCGGUAUCACCGAGAAGGUCGUAACAUCUCGUGUGGCCCGUAGACAUUACCUUAUGGCUACCCUGCAACCUUUCAAGGAAGGCCACCACCCCGAGCAAUACCGUGUUCCCAGUCUUGAUGGGAAGGAUCGCUGCAAAUACACCCGCCAGAUUUUUGUGACCAAAGGACAGCGUGUCAAGAUUGGCGAGCCCGUGAAGGUCUCGUUCUUCAGACAGGUUGCUCCUGGUGCAACACUUAUGUACGAGGAUAUCUUGUACGCCUGCGACGACGAUGUUUGCCCAGAAUACACUAAAGAUCCACGUAUUAAGGAAGUCGUUACCCUCACCUCUGAUCUCUCGCGGAAGAACCUCGAGAAAGAUUUUGAGCGCAUGGAUACGCCCCAGGGAACAUUCUACAGGGUUUACUUCGAUAUCUAUCUCACUCUUGACGGGUCUGAAUUUAAUGCCGAGCUUGUAUGCCAAGGAGAGGUCAUGGGUAGAUGUGUCGCCAAAUUCAGAUAG